AUGACACAUAUAAGAAAAGUAUUUGAUGAUUUUACUAUGAACUGUAAGAAAUCGUACGCAUUAUCUGAAUAUGUUACUUUAGAUGAAAAGUUGCAAUCAUUAAGGGGUCGUUGCCCCUUUAGGCAAUAUAUGCCUGAUAAACCGGCCAAAUACGGCAUAAAAUUAUUUGCGCUAAGCGAUAGUGUGAACUGUUAUACGUCCAAUCUAGAAGUAUACGUAGGAACACAACCUGCCGGUCCGUACUCAGUAGAUAAUUCUGCGGCGAGUAUUACUAAACGUAUGGUAAAUAUAAUUUACAAUUCUGGCCGAAAUGUCACUAUGGACAACUGGUUUACAAGCAUUCCCUUAGCAGACGAUUUACUGAAAAAAAAGUGA